AUGACUGCUUCCGUUGACACCUUGCUAUUUCAUGAAAAAGAGGAGGUACUCUGUUUCCAUGGACCGCUUUUGUACGAGGCUAAGGUCUUAAAAGCAGAGAUAUGGCAUCCGGGUGAUUCUGAAACGGGUGAUACUGGUCCUCAUUAUUAUGUGCAUUAUAAGGGAUGGAAAUCAAGUUAUGAUGAAUGGGUGCCAAAUGAACGGGUAUUAAAAUUAUCGCAAGAAAAUCGCGACAGACAAAAACAACUCAAAGAACAAUACACACCGAAAAAGAAGAAAUCAAGUAUGAAGCCAACAUUAACUAAAACCCCAUCUGAAGAGGAAUCUUCAACAGGUAUCAAAAAGAAACCAGUCACUACGACAAAAGCUGCUGUCUCUAAAGCAAUAACAGCACCUUCAAAAGUCUUAGCUGCAGAAUCCAAGACUGCCUCAUCUAAACCUACCGCAACAUCGUCUUCAAAAAAAUCUACAAUUGAACCAGAUUCACAUUCAAAAACCGAAUCAAAACGUACAAAAAAAUCUGAUUCGAUCACCCCAGCCUCAAAGAAAGGCAAAGAAAAAGAAAUCGCAGAUCAUGCAACCACAACGAAAAAUACAUCAAAAUCCGAUGGAACUGAUGCGAUCGAUAAAAUAAAUGCUGAUAACUCGUCUGUUGAUCAAGAAACCAAUAAUGGCAAAGAUUCGGAUCUUAAAGAUGCAGACAAGGAAAUAUUAGAGAUGCUUGAGGAAGUUCCUGAAACAAAAUCGACCAAAAAACCUGAGAGCGGUCGCGGAAGACGAAGAAAAUACAGUGAAACUGAAGAAGUGCCUCAACAGCUGCCCACCCCAGAAACUGAGGUAAUUGGUUUCAAUGAACCUGAUAUCGAUCUUCGCAUUCCCGGAGUCUUAAAAACGAAGCUGGUCGAUGACUGGGAAAACGUUACAAGAUUAAAUAAAAUAAUCUCAGCUCCGAGAUCCAUCACAAUAAACAAAAUUCUAAAAGGAUGGGCGGUAUACCAAAGAGCGGAAGAUUCGCCCGAUAAUAAAGAAAAUUUAAAAGAUCUUGAAAAUCACAAUCCUACAGGAAACCUCAUUCCACCAGAAAAUCAUAAUUCGUCACAUGAACAAGCGGUCUCUCCGGCAGUAAGAGAAGAUGUCGACGGAGAUAUCGAAAUGACUGAAGCUCAACCAGAGAUCCAACCGGAGGCUCAGACAGAAGAGAUCAAAGAAGAAUCCAAUGAAAAUUUUGAUAUAAACCCAUCAACGUCUUCUGAUGCUAAUAACGAAGUUACGAAUUCAACAAACAACGUCGAAGAAAAUCAAGAAAAAUCACCAAAAGAAGACGAAACAGCUAAUAAUCACCAAGAAGAGACUAUUCAAAGUGCAACCUCCGAAAACAAUGCAUCGACAAAUAAUCAACCGGAGGAAGAAAUAAAGGAUAUCUAUUUUGAAGUGGUCAAUGGUCUUCGACGUUAUUUCGAACGUGCUAUCAAUUAUAACCUUCUAUAUAACGUCGAAAAGCCUUACCUCGCUGAGUUAAAAAAGAACCACCCUAACACCGAUUUGUGUGACAUUUUUGGCGCAGAGCAUUUACUUCGAUUAUUGGUGAAGUUGCCUUUUUUCUUAGCACAAACAGAUAUGGACCAGGAAUCGACGCAAGAACUAAUAUUCCGGUGUGGACAGCUCAUGAAUUACAUGAUUAAAAACAUGGAAGAGUUCUUCCCACCUUCGCCCACACACUAUACACCUCAAAGUGAACCCGCAGCGAAGCGGCACAUGAAUAACAAUAGAAAGAUUACGAAACCGUCGUCAUCAUGGAAGAAUCAAGAGGGAUUGGUGUGCGCGAACUGCAAAACUACAAAUACACCAGGAUGGCGAGUCGGUGCCACUCAAGACGAAAAAUUAUGCAAUGCAAACACAAGCAACAUCGACCUGAGCACUUGUGGGGAAUCGUGCGUUCAAAACGCCAAUCAUAAAAACGUUGGUCAUAAAGAAGUACCCGAACACGCAUAUAGUUGA